CUAAUUAGAAUUUUGUUAAAGUGAAGAUAGAGAAUAAGAUAUAUGCGAUAUUAAACUAAUUGAAUGGAUUAAGAAUGAUUUCCCUUUUGUAUCAAUUCAAGUAACACUAAAAUCGUGUUUGUCUUUUGAAAAAACAAUGGACGGUCUUUCUAAUAUAAAUGUCAAUGUGACAAUUGUCCCCGUGCCGUGACAAAAUCACCGUGCCGGGACCAGCGUGAAUAAUAAUAAAUAAUAAAUUAUCAAGUAACACUAAUUGUUGAGACAUUCGCUAGCACUUCCGUAAGGUGAAGCCGAAAUGGGAAACGCUAACUGCGCGCAACCUCUCAAGACUCAUAAAGACCGAAAGGAGGGCGACGCAGAUACCGGAAAAGGUAGACAACCCGCGAACGGAUGCGAUAAAGCCGCCAGCCAAAGUUCACAGGGCCAAAAGGACACGUACAAAGUCGGUUCUCGACCGACAAAUCCUUUCCUCAUUUUCUUUCUGCGACUUCGCAGCAAAAAACCGAAUGAGCAUGUCACCGUGAUAGCGCGAGCUGCGGGCAAAUUGUGGUCCCGGAUGACUCCCGAACAGAGAAAGAAAUAUGUGGAUCUUGCCAACGAGGAGAAGAAACGACGUCAGGAGAGGAAACGACGUCAGGAGAGGAAACGGAAGAGAAAACGAUCGUGCAGGAUGAAGUGUCCAGGACAAAGCUUGUAGAGGAUCUAUUUCGCGCAAGGAGGUAAUCUUACACGCAAUAUGUCGUCAUACGUGGCACCUGGAAACAAUCAAAGACCCAAUUACGUAUUUUUGAUUUCUUUUUUAUUUGUUAGUAGUCUUUUUUAGAUCUAUGUACAAUAAAUAUUGAUGUAUUUUUAUACAUUAUUAAUUAUCUUAUCAUUCAAUUACUCUAAGCUAGGCGAUCUGCCGUUUUUCUUUCGUUUUUUUUCGCUUCUCUCGUCUGAAAAAAUUAAACUCGUAACGUUUCGUACCAUAAAUAUAUUAUUUUUUUUGUCGUCACGACCGUUCCGCGAAGCGUCGCCCACAACGAGGGAGGGAAAUUACGCGAUUCGGGGCAAUAUCUUCAGGGUAACGUGUUUCACGCUACCUCCUUCCUCUUUCCUUCACUUCGCGAAGGGAAAUCGACGUAUGCUUUCUCUCGCGAUUUCGAUACAAAAAAUAAUUUCGGCACGAGUCUUGCGACGCUUCGUGGAAGAGCCUGAUUGCGCGCUCCGUUAUUUUUUCCGAAACUAGAGCUACCCUCUCGCGAUAUUAGAUAAUAAAAACAUACAGAGAGUAAUGAAUACCGAACGAAGGCGUGUGACAUCGUACAUGUGACAAUUAAAAUAUAACGUAUGAAUAUGUUUUUUUAUAAGUUGUGUGUUGUGUGUGUUGUGUGAGU